UGCCCAGACAUCCUCCUCUCACCGUUGUGGUUCGUUCCCCUCUCCUCCAGCAAAUCUGAGUUAUCGCAGCCUCUUCCUUGUCACUGCAAAAGAAGUUCAGGUUCUUCAUCUUCGAUGUUCCAUGGUGCAAAUGAGAAUAAAGCAGAUUGGAGAACCGAGAGUGGUUCUUCUCUAUCUCCUUGGCCAGAUUACCAACAAAAGAAGGCAAGGCUCCUUUUCAUGCAAGAGGGGCUAUGAGUCUUCUUGUAUGUCCAAGUUGAUGUAUCCCCACAAAGCAUGGUUAUUCGAGCAUUUUCUUCAUCCUUACCCCACAGACACGGAUAAACACAUGUUGGCAACACAGAGGUCUUUCGCGAAAGCAGGUGGAGGAUUAUUCCUUUCAAAUUCAUAAUUUUAUUUGUUGGUCUUCAAAUAUAUUCAGUUCAUUGAAUUUGUAAUCUACAAUGUUCAUAUGUUAGCUUUUUUGA